AUGAAUAAUGAUGGACGAUCACCGAAUGACAAUUCAGGGGACAGAGACGUGGAAGUAGAAUUUGAAGUCACUCAAACUUUACCCAUCGGAUCGUAUUUGCGUUCGUAUCAUUCGCCGUCCAUACUUUUGGAAUCCUCAAACCCUUACUGGAAGUUUUCGAUGAUAAGUGAGUGUUAA